AUGACCCUGCCGCGCCUAUACGAAGAAGUCACCUUGCGGACUUACGCCGAGCUGCGAUAUGUCAAUGGCAGGCCAACGGGCUAUGGCAGCGGUAGUCCCUUCGCCAUGGGGCUUAAUACGCUGGUGUCGCGGGCCUUUGCCGACUAUGUGCAGACCUUCAGGGUGAUCGGAGAGUGGCGGGAACACGAUGUGGACGACUACUCGAAAGGGCGUGUGCCCGACAAUAGCAUGGUGCUUCAGGUGGCCAUGCGCGCGGCGAUGGAUAAGAUGAAGAACCUCAAAACUUUCGCUUGGGAACUGAAUACCAAACCCCUACAGACUGUCUACGAGGGCCUCAUGCAAAAGUCUUCGUUAACUUCUCUGAUCCUCCGCUUUCCAUCUAGGCGAAUACCCCGGCCUACGGUUGUUGUUCCGCCACUUCCGAACCUCAUGAGCCUCAUAUGCUACGACAUAGACCCGCUCGCUUCUCCCGAUAACAUAUCCCUCCUCCUUCUCACAUCGAAAAAGCUCCAGAACCUGAAACUACACUUCAACCCACGUAUGCGCGAAACGGGAGAAGAGUCCGUCCAGCUGAAUGCCUACUUUGGGCGCUGCAUAGCCGCCGGAUAUUCUAUUGUUCUGAAGCGCUUCGCACUUUACAAUCUCUACUGUCGAAAUCAGGGCGAAGGCUUCGAGAAGGCAACAAACCCCGCAUCAAUUGAAGAGGUCACUAUAAUCAACUCGAUGGGAUCCUCAGAUCCCAUGACGGUGUUUCUAGACGAUACAUGGCGUCUGAGCCCCAAUCAGCCGAUCCCGACGAACCUCAAGAUGCUCCGCGUUGACUCAGUCGAGCCAGAGCAGGUUCCCAUGCUGACCAAAUUCCAAGGUUUAGAGCGCUUUUACAUUGUCAGCAAGCCCUUUUCCUCCAAAACAACCAGCACAGCACAAACCCCUACUUCGCCCUCCUCGAAUACCACUCCGAACAUGAAUACGAAUGGUCACAGCGCCUGCAGCACCUCCACCCCCCGUCCUAUCACAGAGGGCGAGUGCAAGAGCGUCGCAGGCGACUACCUAGCCGCCAUCCAAUCCAACCACCGCACCAUGCGCCACCUCCUGCUCUCCGACCACUGGAACCUCUCCGACGACGCGCUCUUCAAGAUCUGCCAGACCCUCCCGCAUCUUGAGCAAUUAGGCUUCGCCUGCUUUGUUCCGCCCAUGGAGUCUCUCCGCCAGAUCCUUUCCCAUACACCCAAACUUUGGGCUAUCCGCAUGCUCGUCCCACCGGGGUCACCUUUCCAAGCCCGCCUCGACGCCAUGGACAUCGAGAUGCACCAGUUCGCCCUCGCAACCGAGAUGUGGCGGCCGCAGUAUCGCCAACUCAAGUACGUAGGCAUGGGCAACAAGGCGUUCAAGCUAGGGGACGUAGUCUGGCCGAAGGGCAAAAGCAAAGCACGAGCCGAAGAGGAAGCGCAGCACAGUAGCGCGUUUGGCGGGCGAGGAACUUCCAUAAAUGACUUGAGAAAUGGGCCGAUAAGGAGGCUGGAAUUGGUUGAUCCGAAGAGUCUAAAUUGGAUCGAGAUUUGGGGCAUGGAUUCUACGGAGUUUGAGGCGAAGUUUCCGUAA